AUGUCCCUCGAUCCACAGCCUCACAGGAGAACUAGCGAUUCUUACUUGGCCGAUGCCCCGCCAGGCGGAUACCGACCGACGUCCCACCACCACUCACAGCAAGCUCCAUCCAUGCACUCCGUCCAAGGCGACUUUGCCGAACCGCUCAACCUGCCGGAACUCGACUUCUCCACCGGCCCCCCGUCGUAUGACGCGGCCAUUUCUGAUGGAGCCCUCAACUCGAUGCCCAGCUUUGACCCCAGUCACGGCCAGCACGGCCACCAACUGAACGAGCAGCCCCCCUACGCCCCCGUCGACUAUCCGUCUCAGCUCGCGUACGACGAGGUGCCUCCGCGCACCAUGAGCAGAAUGUCUGGCUCGGGGGAAAACAUGCAAGGCGGAUCCAGGCGCCCCACCUCGGACGCGAGCCAGGAUCUCGACGCAGAGUUUAACAACCUCCGCCUGACGAAUGCGUCACCGGUCCCCGGGGUCCAGCGCCAGAACACGGCCCCUCCGGCCGCCUUCCCUUCACCAUACGGCGGUCCGUCACCUCUGCCUCCGCGAGCACGAUCCACGACUGGUUCCUCGUACAACUCGAAUGCUGCGGCGAGCGUGUACUCGCUCGACUCUGGAAUGAGCUCAUACUCGGCUCCGCAACGAAACCCUUACGGGAGCAUGAGCUCUGGAUCGUCGAGGAUGGGACUUUCGGGAUUCACGCCAAUGACGCCAGCCAGGCCCCCUCCCGCGGACAAUCCCUACUACUCGGCUGCCAACGACUUCCUGGGGAUGCCGCCUCCGCCGCAGCAAAACCCCGUCUACCCGAGCCAGCCGGGCAUGCCGCAGGGUGCUCCGCCAGGCGCUGUCCACCAGCCUCCUCCGCGACAAGCGAGCAUGACGAAUCUGGCCCGCACGAACACGACACGAUCGACGGUUUCGCUGUCUUCCGUCAGCUCGAUGCCGUCGAUCGCACCGAUCAGCGAGAGUGUCGGGGCGUCGUCCACCCGCCGCCGGGGCGGUAUCGACGUCAGCAAGCCUCCGUACACGCGCGAGUUUGUUGACGACUACCGAAAUCGUAUGAAGGUGGACCCGGAUCCUGAGGCUCAGUUCGCUUUCGCCAAGUACCUGAUAGAAGCAGCCAAGAAAAUCGGCGACGAGAUGGGAGCGCGCGAUGCUCGUGCUGGACGCAAGUAUCGGGACUCGCUGCUAGCCGAGAGUCUGCGCAACAUCAAGAAGCUUGCAGAGGGCAAGGAGCCGUACGCGGACGCGCAGUUCUUCCUCGCGAACCUGUACGGAACGGGACACCUGGGUCUGCAGGUGGACCACGAGAAGGCGUAUUAUCUGUACCUGAUGGCGUCAAAGCUGAACCACCCGGCAGCGACGUAUCGUGCGGCGGUGUGCUGUGAGCUCGGCGCCGGCACGAAGCGGGACCCCCAGCGCGCAAUGCUCUUCUACAGGAAGGCGGCGGCGCUUGGCGACACGGCGGCAAUGUACAAGUUAGCCCUGAUCUUGCUGAACGGGAUCAUGGGCCACCCGCGCAACCCGCGCGAGGCACAUGUGUGGCUGCGGCGCGCGGCCGCGCAGGCGGACGAGGACAACCCGCACGCGCUCCACGAGCUCGCGCUCCUCCACGAGCGACCCAACAAUGGCACCAACGGCGUGAUUCCCUUCGACCCCAACCUUGCCCGCGAGUACCUGACCCAGGCAGCACAGCUCGGCUACGCCCCCGCGCAGUUCAAGAUGGGCUCGUGCCACGAGUUUGGCAACCUCGGCUUCCCGAUAGACCCGCGUCGGAGCAUUGCGUGGUACACGCGCGCGGCGGAGAAGGGCGACUCGGAGGCCGAGCUCGCGCUGUCCGGCUGGUACCUGACCGGCAGCGAGGGCGUGCUCAAGCAGAGCGACACGGAGGCGUAUCUCUGGGGCCGCAAGGCCGCGAACAAGAACCUCGCCAAGGCCGAGUACGCCGUGGGAUACUACACUGAAAUGGGCAUCGGAGUCAAGCAGGACAUCGAGCUCGCGAAGCGGUGGUACCAGCGUGCUGCGAGCAACAAGCGCGCGAUGCAGCGACUCGCCGAGCUCUCGCAGAACGUCAACCGCAAGGGCGCGCGUCCGACGCGCAAGGACGCCGAGAGCGAGUGCUCCAUUAUGUGA